AUGAAGUUCAACGCAGUUGCCUUUACCCUCCUCGCUGUCCUUGCUGCCGGUGCCAAUGCCCAAGAGGCAGCGGCUGGUAGUGGCAGUGGCGCCGCCGCCACUCCCUCGGCUGGCGGUUCGACCGGUGCCCCCUCGGCCGGUGCCAGCGGCAGUGUGGCUCCCUCCGGCGACGCGUCAAGUGGCGCGCCGUCCGCCUCAGCCCCCGCAACUGGUGCACCCUCGGCAUCUGGCACCGCCGCGUCAGGCUCUGGUGCUGCGACUGGGGCUCCCUCGGGCUCGGGUAGCGCCGCUCCUUCUGGGGGAGCUUCCGGCAGCGCCGCGCCGUCUGGGGGAGCUUCCGGCAGCGCCUCUGCCUCGGGCUCGGCUGUCGCCUCGGGUUCUGGCGUCCCAUCUGGCGCGGGUUCAUCGGGCUCAGGAGCUCCGUCUGCCUCAGGCGGUGCCAGCGGCGGCGUCACGACUGGCGGCGUAGCCCCCACCGGCGGUAGCGGUGGCGCAACGACUGGCGACGUCGCGCCCACGGGCGGCAGUGGUGGCCGCUCUGCGGCACCCUCGGGCUCGGGCGGUGGCCACCACACCCACGCGACCCACACGCACAAGAGCAAGACCAAGCACCCCAAGACUACCAAGACGUGCAAGAAGCCCAAGAAGACCAAGUCGAAGACUUCGCACGCGCCCAAGCCGACCGGCGGCUCGGGCGGCGGCGGCUCGGGUGGUGGUGGCUCGGGUGGUGGUGGCUCUGGCGGCGGCGGAUCUGGCGGCGGUGGAUCCGGUGGUGGUGGAUCUGGCAGUGGUGGUGGAGCCGGGGGCAUCACGUACCCCGUCCCCUCCGGCGCUGCCACUGGCGCACCUGCCCCCUCUGGCGCUGCCUCUGGCGCAUCUGCUCCCUCCGGCGCUGCCUCGGGCACGUCUGCCCCCUCCGGCGCUGCCUCGGGCACGUCUGCCCCCUCCGGUGCAACCUCGGGCACAGCAGUGCCCACAGGCUCGUCCGGAGGCGCGGCGUCAGGCUCCGCAGCCCCGACGGGCGCUGCGAGCGGGGCGAGCGGGGCUCCCGCGGGCUCGGGCGCGAGCGCCUCUGGCGGUGCCGCGACUGGUAGUGGCUCGGCUGCCUCCGCCCCGUCGGGGUCGGGUGCGGGCACCGGUUCGUCCGGCGCUGCGCCUACUGGUGCAUCGGCCGCUCCCACCGGUGCCUCCGCCGCGCCUUCUGGCGCCUCAGCUUCCGGGUCUGCGGCGCCGGCGGGCAGCGCUGCUCCCCCAGUGCGCAGGAAGCGUCUCCUUCCCAUCGCGCUCUGA